UCCUUCCAACAAUUUAUGUGUAUUUAAAAAAACAAAAAGGCCCAUAUUCUGAUAAGUGGACGACGUUUCAAACUUCCUUCAGUUCGGGGUCCUUUGCGAAAGGUCGUAUUCCUUAAACGGUGCGUUUUCUUCGAUGGUUCAUUGCGUUGCUACUUGACUUCAGCUUCUACUCCGACGAUGCUUCCGUUCGCAGUUCUUCGGGAAGAUGGAAUAUGCUCCUGAAAGGUGUAAUUACUUGCAUAAUUUCCAAGCUCCAUCGUCUCUCUUCCAUGGAAGAACUGGAACAGGCCCAUGCUUUUAUCGUCAAAGCAGGUCUCUGCAAUCACAUUCCUAUAAUGGCAAAGCUAAUUGCAUUCUCCUCUCUUUCUCCAUCAGGAAGCCUCCUUCAUGCUCACGCUUUGUUCCAAGAAACUUCCAUGGACGAUUCUUUCAUUUGUAACACGAUGAUUCGAGCCUACUCCACCAGUGUUUUUCCCGUUAAAUCUUUGCUUAUUUACAACCAUAUGCAACGUAUGGAUGUUCAUUCUGAUCAUUUCACCUACAAUUUUGUGCUCAAGGCUUGUGCAAGAGCUAUCAAAUGCACUGAAAAGGACGACCGAUGUUUCGGGCGUGAAGUUAUUUCUCGUAAGGGUGCUGAAAUUCAUACCCGAGUCACGAAAUUGGGGCUUGAUCAAGAUCAUCACGUCCAAAAUUCAUUGGUUCUAAUGUAUUCUGCGUGUGGUUUGGUGGUUUUAGCUCGUCUGGUUUUCGACGAAAUUACAGUGAGAAGUGCUGUUUCCUGGAACAUUAUGAUGUCGGCUUACGAUCGAGUUCAUGAUUAUAAAUCGGCGGGUGUUCUUCUCGGAUUGAUGCCUCAGAAAAAUGUGAUUUCUUGGAAUACCGUACUGGCACGAUAUAUUAGGUUGAAUAAUCUUGUCGCAGCGCGAAAGGUGUUCGAAGAAAUGCCGGAGAGGGACGUUGUAUCUUGGAAUUCUAUUAUUGCCGGUUAUGUGAAGGUGAAAGAUUACAAGAGAGCUCUGGAGCUGUUCCAUACCAUGAAACAGUCUGACAUUGGAGCAACUGAAGUAACAUUUAUUUCCAUUUUGGGCGCUUGUGCCGAAACGGGUGCAUUGGAGACGGGAAAGAAGAUCCACGAGUCGUUGAAAGAGAAGCACCACAGAAUUGAAGGGUAUUUAGGCAACGCCAUCGUCGAUAUGUACGCUAAAUGUGGGGAGCUGAUGUUAGCUUUGGAAGUAUUCAAUGAAAUAGAGAUGAAGCCUGUAAGCUGCUGGAACGCGAUGAUUAUGGGUCUGGCAGUUCACGGUCACUGUGAGAGAGCUCUGGAGAUGUUUGAUUCCAUGGAAGCAGAGCUUGAUGAUGAUGUGAAACCGAAUCGAGUAACUUUCAUUGCUCUUCUGAUUGCUUGUAGUCACAGGGGUCUGGUGGCAGAAGGACGCCAUUAUUUCAGCCUCAUGGUUGUCAAGUACAAGAUAGUGCCGGAUUUGAAGCACUAUGGUUGCAUGAUCGACCUUCUCAGUAGAUGGGGGUUUUUAGAAGAAGCCUACGAGAUGAUAAAAACUUGCCCUUUCAGUUCAUGCUGUGUUCUAUGGAGGACUUUGUUGGGUGGUUGUAGAUUACACAUGCAGGUGGAGUUGGCGGAGGAAUCAUUCCGCAAACUUGGAGAGUUGGAGGCAAGGAAGGAUGGGGAUUACGUUUUGUUGUCAAACAUGUACGCUGAGGAAGAGCGGUGGGAUGAUGUGGAGCGACUGAGAAAUGGGAUGAUUGAUUAUGGAGUUUGUAAGAAGGCUGGAUGCAGCCACGUUAAAAUUCAUUCAUUAGCCUAAGGGUUCAGGUGAAGUCGAAAAGGCCCUAUUUGAUGGACCAUCUGGAAUUAGGCCCUAUUUAUUUUUCAGUCGGUACGUGGGGCUCAGCGUCAGCCCACUCCUCUUGAGCUUGCUACACCACACAAACUGGUUUCCUUAUGGGUUCCAACAUACCCUAGAGUCCAAUACCAACCACGUCCCUUUCCUUUUCGCCUCUCUCAGACAAUAUUAUUUGUAUUCUUGGGGAGGGAUAGAGGUACUUGCCAGUCUUUUUGGCUUACUUACAUUUAUAAGGGGUCAAAACGGUGCACACUUCGACUAAUCACGAAUGAGCCGUCUUACCUCAUGAUUUAAACUCAUUCCCUCUAAAUCAUUUGCUAUUUAUAUUGGUCCUUAUGCACCUCUGGGUCAUCCCAUGAUGUUUGUUAGGAUGGUGUUGUGGUUAUUUAUUUGAUCUAUUAGUUGUUUUCUUAGGCUAUA